UCACACGUGGAGUUAUGUUACCUUGAAUAAGUCUGUUUGUAUUUCAUUUCAUUUUUAGUGUUAACAAAGACACUGUUUUGGUUAAAAAUGAAAAAGACUGUUAUCAAUCCUACAUUUGGAUGUGGUGACUAUCAGUUUAAAGAUCUUUACUCAUCAACAUUGAAGUCUAUGCACGAAAAAUGCACCAGUAUGUUACGACCAACUUGGACCAAAACUGACGUGAUAAGUCAAGUUGAUUAUCAACAGUUCUUCAAGCAACAAUCUGAUUUGGAAAUCACAAUGCUAGAAGAGAAUUAUUUCCAGCAUGGUAGUCAUCGUGAUGAUGCAGAAGUUACUUUAAACUUUGCCCUUACUCCUCCUCGGCUGGACCCAAACUUAAACACAGAGUUUACAGAUAAUUGGGAUUUCAACCCUGAAAUAUUAUCUACAAAAGAUCUCCAGAUAGCGAAAUGUGAGCCUUUCAGUGGUCUUAUUUGUGAAGAGAGCUUUCCUGUCAAUACUUUGUACGAAGAAGCAAAAAACAUUGCAUGUCAACCACUGCAGUUUGAUGACCCUCUGAAAAUGAACCCGUCUCGUCUGCUACCUGCCAUAUCGAAUGAAAAUUUCCCGCCUCAAGUUUGUCUUUCACUAGCCAAUCUCAAACUGAAUUUGAAAGAAAUUUCUUAUCCUGAAACACCAUCCUGUGAUUACCUUUUAGAGCUUGCUAGUCAAGUUCAAGAUCUAAACAUCGUUUCAGAUGGUGAAGCGAAGGGGUCGGUACUUGACAAUCCCGGUGGGGGAAUUAAUUUAGAGGUCAUAAAUAGCGACGAACAUGCUACAGAAUCGGACCAGACGUCGAUCAACAUCGAGCGCAUUACUCUAGAAUUGCCAGGUUUUGCGGUCAAUUCCGUACACUUAAUGGAGGAACACCUAUCGACAUGCUUGCAAAUUUUAAAGGAUUCAAACUCUCCGCUCAUUGAGGAUCUGUUGAAGGAAUCUCAUUCGGUUAUCGAGCCCACAACUACCCGCCAUUAUCUCUUGAAAUUACAGGAGGCGAUUGCAAAAAACAAUUCAGAUCCCGGUGGCAAAACUAAUCAUGGGAGAAUAUUGAAAAACAUAUUACCCGCUUUGCUGAGUUUGCAUGGAGUGAACAAAUCGCUCGAAAUUUUUUUGAACAUAGACUACGAUAUUGCUUACGGAACACUUGCGAAUUUUGAAAAAACCCACGAAGCGGUUCUCAAAAGUGACUACAAGACUUUAAUAUUGCAACUCUUGCGGCUUCGUCCAAAAAGAUUCGACGAGUGUCAUCCUAAACUGGUGAAAUUAAAGGAGCUUGUGUUACAUCAGCUCAGCGAAGAUGGCAAUAGCAAAAUUUGGAUUCGCCUAUAUCGUCAUUCAAACAUUAUAGCUGAACGUAUUGAACGUCUGUUGGCUAGCGUCGACGUCCAGUGCCAGGUGGAUCCGCAAAUUGAGUGUCCUGAAUCUGAAGGGUCGUUUUUACCGAGUGGUAAUUAUCCCGUCUUCGUCGCGGAACAAGUGUCCAAAAGCUUUCCUCCCAGUAUGCUUUCUCUCAUCAUCCAUUACGAAUGGCUGUCGACGGUAGAGAUGGACAGGCAAUUUGCUCAAAUUACUCAAAAGGCAAUAGAGAUUAGCAGACCAGUUCGCCUGGGAGAUGCGGAGAACAUUCCUGACCAGCAAACCUGUCCCGUGUCAAUGUCAUCCACAGGUCACCUUUUAGAUUCAUCUCCUUUCAAGGAGCCCGAAGUUGAUGACUCUGAUGAUUCAGACGGUUCUGAAAUCUUUAUCGAACAACAAGUCGAAUCGACUGCCAACAAAGAACCUUUAAUCAAUUCUCAAGAUGAGCUCCUCCUUCAUAUUCAUGAUGUAAUUCCGAUCGAACCUCCCGGCGAGUCCUGUUUUGUUUCACAACUUUCUGAUGAAGAGAGCCAAGAAGAAGAAGACUUUAGUAAGAGUCCAAUUAUUACCAAUGAAAUCGACCGAAUUUCAGUUGCAGAUAUCGAAGAUGAUAAUUCUGGAUCGAUCGAGCCUCUUCUUCCAUUGGUUUUAUCUUCACAUUUGGCGACUAAUGCAGAACUUAUGGAAGCUAUUGAAGCAGAUGAUAAUUCUGGAAUCUUCAUAAUUCAUGAAUGCGAUUACGAAUUUUUGGGCUACAUUUCCAAGUAUCAACCCGAUGUUUUGUUAAGUGCAAACACAGCCCUGCUGAUCGUGCACGAACAAGAAAAGUUUGAGGAAACCCGUUUGAGAAUUUUGACAGCCAGUUUCAAAUGCACGAAAUGCUGGGUGAUAAUAUUGGCCCCAGGUGUGAUCAGCUCGUCCAAACCGCCUGUACAGUGGCAUUCUCUCGCUGGACUAGCCCGAUUCUACGAGAAGAAAGAUCGCAAGAAGACUGAGACCCGGUUUCUGUUGAAACCACGCAUAGCCCUAAAUUAUCAUCAAGUGGCGUUCAUCAUCAAAGACGUUGCAUUAGACGAGAUUAAUCAAGACAUUGAAUCCCAUCUGCAGCCGCUCAGUACCGAAGCCAAACGUUUACUCCAUAUUCCGCAAUUGAAUGCCGUGACUGCGCCGUUAAUCGCCCAGCACUUUGACGCAAAAGAACUCGUUACGCUGCCCGUGGAAACGCUUUGUAAUCGGAUUCCAACUCUUCGCCAAACCAUCAAAAUGCUUCGCUACUGCCACGAAAUGAAUAAUGAAGAACAGGAGUCGCAAGUCGAGGACAUGGAGGCAAACUCAUCUUUUGGCCAUCUCAAACACGCUCAACCCUGGGAUCUAGAGACAGAAAGUCUGGAGGAAUGUGGGUCACGCCAGUUGCCAACGCCAAAAAAGAGAGCCAAACUGGACAGUGACCAUCCGGAAGAAAUGGGCACGCCUUUAAGCGUCAGUCAGCUAAGAGACAUGUGGUGUUCUCCUUCCCCUAAUCAGCCGGUCUAAGUUUAUUCUCUGCUUCUGCACAGAGAUUUUCUUUUCUUUCUAGUUCAAGUUUAUUCGCAUUAGUCAUUUACAAAGAAGUGUGGAAAGGUCCAAAAUGACAUUUGAAACCCGUCUCGUCUCACAGUGUCCCAGUUUUUACGUCAAUCCGUUCCAUGAAAUGUUUUUUAAGUUGAAAAGGCGUCCAACCCAGUAAUGAAAAGUGAAAGAAAUGCGAAUAAAGCACAAGGAUAUA